AUGUCCUAUUUUGGUUCUCACCUCUUUGGUGACACCUUCUAUUGGAUAGGUUACGUGGUGACUGUGUCAAUGCCUCAUCAACGUGAAUAUUUUGGCAAUUUCUGGUUCACUUUUGUGCACCGUGAGCACAGAACGCUGAUAGAUAAUGAGGAGGAUGACCCGAUCAUGACAAAAAAAUACUACUAUGGAAUUAUUCCAAGGGAGGAUGUGCAGAGCAUGCUCGUUGCCAAUGGUGAGUUCCUCGUCCGCAUUGCUACCCUACGGACCGAGGAGUUUCCUGGAUGGUGUAUUUCGGCUCGAUGGAACGGAGAAGUAUAUCACGUACUGAUUCGCCGACUGAAAAAUGGACUUUACGCCCUUGAAGGUAGUGAAUUCAGUACCAUAGACGAACUGGUGAAGCACUAUUACAAGCACCGGAUUCCACUUACCGCGAAUUCUAAGGCCCUGCUGCUCCGGCCGUUGAGCCAUGCAAGUUGGAUUUUGCACGAGGACCAGGUGACGUUGCUGGAAAAACUAGGGGAGGGAAAUUUCGGUGAGGUAUGGAAGGGUGUGUUGAGGACGGACGAAAGAGGCGAGGAACUGGUAGCGGUGAAAGCGCUGAAACCCGUAAAGCCCAUAUCUGAUUCGGAUCGAACGUCGUUCUUCAGCGAAUGUCGGCGCCUUCGACAGCUGCGCCAUCAGCAUUUGGUGAACUUCCGUGGAGCCGUGUUCGACCGAGAACCGAUCCGUAUCGUGAUGGAGCUCUGUGACAGUAUUUCCGCAGCCCAACUCAUCUGCUUGAUUAAGUCCUCACUUUUAGCCACGCUGGUCAAUUACUUGCGGGAACAUAAGGGAGCAAUUAGCACCAAAGAAAAAGUGUAUUACUGCUUGCAGGCUGCGUACGGAAUGGAGUACCUCGUAUCAGAAGGAUUCAUACAUCGUGACCUAGCGGCGAGGAAUUGUCUAUUAAAACACAAUACGUUGAAGAUUUCCGACCUCGGCAUGGCACGGCGAGGUAGCCGCUAUAUUUUGGAAAGCGGCCUCAAGCAGAUUCCUCUGAAAUGGACAGCUCCGGAGGCACUACGCACCCAUGUUUAUACGGAAAAAUCGGACGUGUGGUCUUUCGGUAUUUUGAUGUGGGAAAUUUUCAGCGAGGGCGAUCCACCGUACUCUGAAAUGCAGGAGAAAUAUGGCAGGAAAUUUCCUGAGUUCACUCAUGUUACUCGUUUAGGAGGUCGACUGAUUCCUCCUCCGAGUGCACCCGAUGAUAUUAUAGCACUAAUGAAUAACUGUUGGGCACAAAAUCCCAAAGAACGGUAUUUCUUUAAAGAAAUCACACAACAGCUUCAAAAAAUCUAUCAUGAAUAUGACAUUGCUGACACCGGCACUUCGCCUGACAGUUAA